CGUGAACAAUAAGAAAAAAUGCCGUCAGAAAAGAUUUUGGAGAAUAAUGGGAAAUGAAAAACAUUUUUCAUAAUAAUUAUUAGUAAAGCCAAUAUUAUUAAAAUAUAGUGGUAAAGUCACAAGAUGAUCAUAUUAAUUACUCCGCUUGAAUUCAAAAUUCGUGAAAAUUAAAUUCUUUACCGAUAAAAACAAAGAAGCAUGUUCAGGGCCUAGGAAGUAGGAACUUUGCAGUUGAGAGAGGGAGAGUAUUCAGACCCUUUUCUACACAAGAAGGAACAAGGAACUCUGCAGUUGAAGUUGGUAAAGAAUGCUAAUGGAUUUAGCUCUGCAAAGGUGAUGAGCGAUGAAAGUAUAGUGGAACCGGAGGUAGCUUAUGAAGGGAGUGAUGAGGGUGAUGAGGAUUCCCCGAUGAAGAGGAAUCUCUCUGACUUUGACCUCCCUUCUCAAGUGGGUAUCAAAGGAGAAGAGAACAACCUAUCGAUGAAUAGAAGCACUGGUUCAUCUAAGUCAACCAACGAGAUGAAUGACCCAUUGGAUACUGAAUCGGAUAGGGAAGCUGGAGUAUCAGUUGACAGAUUGAUGGUUCAAAGUGGACAUAUUAGUGAUCCUGGAAUUGGUAGGGGUGAAUUUUGGGCUACACCCACACUGAAACGAUCAUGUUCAAAUCUUGAAACCAGUAAUAUGCUCAGGAAAAUAGCAGAUCAAUUGCCUCCUUCAAAAUCUCACUCAUUCGAGGAUUUGCGGAAUUUAACUUUAAGAAUAAGAGAGGAUGUUGAGGCUGGAAAUCAAGGUAGCCCUUUGUCAGUGAUGAGUCCUUGUAGUGCUGAUAGAGUGAUGUUGAAGAAACAUUCGUCGAGCCAAGUACUUCCUUCAGGAAGCAGAAAACUUUGGUGGAAGCUUUUCCUUUGGAGCCAUAGGAAUAUGCACAGAUCCAGAACUAUGAGAACAAAGUUACUGGCCAUCAGCCAAAGCUCAAACCAGAAAGGAGGAUAUUGUUCUGAUACCUUUGAACCAAAGCGGAUCUCGGAGUCGGGCAAGUUAAAGGCACCAGUAUCAGCCACUGAGGAAUCUGUAAUCAAUAACAAGUUUCAGCAGUGGGGCGAUUUCGAUGGUAGAUGUUCAGGCUUUUUGCCGCAGAAUCAGUGGGUUGCUUUCUCUACAGAGUCAUCCAUCUUAACAAGAGUGAAUGAGUGGGUGAACAAUCUUGAAAUUGAACCUACUCUGUUACUUGAUGAUGAUAAAAAAGGAAGUUGUGAGGGGAUUAGUUUCCCACCUUCACCAGAGGCUGGUGAAACAUCGGCAAGAACUGCGAUGACUCCCAUUAAUCCACGCUACAAUCCUAAUGUGUCAGAGGAGGUCUUGUAUGCGAAUAGUGUAAUCCAAUCUCUUAAUUCUUCCUCAACUGUAGCUCACAUAUCUGCCAUGAGUUUAAAAGUCAUCCCGGCUAUGUCACACUUCUCAAGUCUUCGAUCCGUCAAUCUAUCCGGCAACUUCAUAGUUCGUAUAACUCCUGGAUCACUACCAAAGGGACUUCACACUCUCAAUUUGUCAAGAAACAGAAUUGUCGCAAUAGAGGGCCUCAGAGAGCUUACCCGAUUGCACGUUCUCGACCUAAGUUACAAUAAGAUCUCCCGCAUCGGCCAUGGUCUGUCUAACUGCACACUCGUCAAAGAACUUUAUCUAGCUGGAAAUAAGAUCAGCGAUUUGGAAGGAUUACACAGACUCUUGAAGCUGGCAGUGCUGGACUUGAGCUUCAACAAGGUUACUACAGCAAAAGCUCUAGGCCAGCUUGUUGCAAAUUACAACUCCCUACUAGCUCUAAACCUACUCGGUAACCCAAUUCAGAGCAACAUCGGGGAUGACCAACUACGUAAAGUAAUCUUAGGAAUUCUUCCGCAUCUAGCAUACUUGAACAGGCAAUCUAUUAAACCACAAAGAACGCGGGAAGUUGCAAUGGAUGGUUUGGCUAAAGCCGCUCUGGGGAACAACGAAUGGAGUUCCAGGAGGAAACAAUCAAAGAGGGCUGGCCAAACUGGAUCAUCUUCUCUUGGCAAACAUAAGAGCAAAGUAGGUGCACAGAGAAACAAACACAGGUCAAAGACCAGCAACCACAAUUUCUCCACUCAAUUGAAAUUGUCAUCAUCUGCAGUUGCUUCAUCUUCCAAUUGAAUAUCUUUCCUAUUUCGGUGAACUAUGUUUUAUGUUUACUCAUGGGAUUGUUUUGUUUUGUGAGAUUUUGCAAUAUUUUGUUCAGUUUUGUGUUGUUUAUUUUGAUCGUCAUCUUAGUGUGAAAUGAAUAAAUCAGAAUAUGAAGAGCUCUCGUAAUUUGAGAAGCUUUCAAUUUAAGUUCC